AAUGGCUUCUAAGUUUUCAGAGGAGGAUUUCUCCUGUCCUGUGUGCUGUGACAUCUUCAAGGAUCCUGUUGUUCUGCUCUGCAGUCACAGUGUGUGUAAAGUGUGUUUGCAGCAGUUCUGGGAGACCAAAGCAUCCAGGGAAUGUCCAGUUUGUAGGACAAAGUCGUCUACGGAAACUCCACCUAUAAGUCUGACUUUAAAGAACCUGUGUGAGACUUUCCUACAGGAGAGAAGUCAGAGAUCUUCAUCUGAAACAGUCUGCAGUCUGCACAGUGAGAAACUCAAACUCUUCUGUCUGGAUGAUCAACAGACGGUGUGUGUGGUGUGUCAGACUUCAAAGAAACACACAAACCACAAAUUCUGCCCCAUUGAUGAGGCAGUAACAGAUUGUAAGGAGGAGCUCAAAACUGCAGUAAAGCCUCUUCAGGAGAAACUGAAGAUCUUUAAAGACUGUAAACUGAACUGGAGUGAGAUGGCAGAACAUAUAAAGAAUCAGGCUCAGCACACUGAGCGUCAGAUUAAGGAGGAGUUUGAGAAGCUUCACCAGUUUCUACGAGAUGAAGAGGCAGCCAGGAUCGCUGCACUUAGAGAGGAAGAGGAGCAGAAGAGUCAGAUGAUGAAGGAAAAGAUUGAGAAGCUGAGCGGAGAGAUAACAUCUCUUUCAGACACAAUCAGAGCCAUAGAAGAGGAGAUGGGAGCUGAAGAUGUCUCGUUCUUACAAAACUACAAGUCCACAGUGAAAAGAGCCCAAUGUACAGUACAGCAUCCAGAGGAGCUUUCAGGAGCACUGAUCCAUGUGGCAAAACAUCUGGCCAACCUAAAGUUCAGGGUCUGGGAGAAGAUGCAGCACACUGUUCCAUACAGUAAGACUUCUUUACUCUUCUCUUCCUCAGUAAUUCUGGACCUGAACACUGCUCAUCACUUAAUCAUUGUAUCAGGUGACCUGACAAACGUGAUACAUGAUUUUAUGCGUUUUGGGAAACCAAAGGUUCCUGAUAAUCCAGAAAGAUUUGAUGAUAGUCCAUGCAUCCUGGGCUGUGAAGGCUUAAACUCAGGGACACACUGCUGGGAUGUUGAAAUUGGAAACAGUAUAGACUGGUAUGUGGGUGUAAUGACAGAAUCGGUUCAGAGGAAAGGAGAUGUGUUUUCCAGAGAUGGAAUUUGGUAUUUUAGUUGUUACGAUGGUGGAUAUAAGGUCGGUUAUACACAUCGAAAAUUCCGUUUCCUCUUAUUGGAACAGAAACCCCAGAGGAUCAGAGUGCAUCUGGACUGGGACAAAGGAGAGCUUUCAUUUUCUGAUCCUCUCACUGACACACACAUAUUUACUUUCAAAGACAGAUUUACUGACACAUUACUGCCAUUCCUAGGUGUUGUUGAUACAGAAUUGCCAUUAAAAAUUCUCCCACUUCAGUGCUCUGUAACACUGAAUCAGAUCGCUUAGAGCUGAAAUUGUUUAGUCUGUUUUUUAUUAACAUAAUCCUGCCUAAAAGGUCAUUAAUCUUUGUAAUUCAUUUUACAGAAUGUCUGAAACUUAAGUUGUUAAUUAUGUAGUGUGUCUAAAAGUAUCUGGACACUUAAGCCCCAAGAACUGUAUGUCAAAUCAGGGAAGAAAAAAAGAGAUGCGAUAUCCUGAUAAUUCAGUACAUUCAGGUCAUCAGCUGACUUCAUUUUUUUUGCCGCAUAACGUUGCUGAUCCUAGACCUGACCAACUGAAGCAACCCCAUGACCCCAACUCUUCAUGUGCUUACCUUCUUACCCUGACACGCACAUGAUUCUGAACUCAUCAGACCACAUAACCCCUUUUCCAUUGCUCCGAACCUGCCUGGCCCUAUGUGUAAAAGUAGCUUCCUACCUGGUUGUGCCUCGUUUGGUGGCAUCAACUACAAUCAAGUGUUUGCAGGAACUGGUAAUGCUUGACAUUUUGGUAAUUGAUCAACAAUUGAUUAAUCAACUGGUAAUUGCUUGACUUUUCCAUUGCUGUGGAGGAAUUUUGGCCCACUCUUCUAUGAAGAAUUGGUCUCAUUUAGCCAUGUUUGAGUCCGUAGAAUAUUUGCCCAAAAGUCUUGGAGCUAAUCAAGAUGGUGAGUCUGUUUAAAUGGUGAGAAGUAGUCCUCCUGUUAGUUUCUUGUCAUGGUGCGUGCCACACUGAACAUUGACUAGAGAAAGCAAAGGAAAUAGUUGUCUGAGGAAAACAGAAAGAAACUUAUUGACAUUCUUAUAUGUUUGUAUGGCAUGACUAACUAAUGUUUCAUUCAUACUUAUAUGGGUUCAUUUACUGUAUAUGUUAUCUAAAUGUUGGUAAAGUUAAAAAUAAAUAUAUAAAUAAAAGCAAUCAUCAUUUUCUUUCUCAUAUCCUGCCUACAGUCUCUCCCUGACUGCCCCUUAGGAUUUAUAUAAUGAAUAAAAAGGUGCAUAUAUGUUUUACACAGUUUUAUUUAAAAUCUAAAAUAUGUAUUGUCUGUAGUUUGAGAUGUAGAUUUUUUUUUAAUUAUUCAAAAUAUUAACCUUAAAUAACUUAUUACUGUACAUACGUGUUAGUGCACUCUUUAUAAUCAUUAAAUCUAAGCCAC